AUGGACGAAAAGGUGACGCGUUCACUGGAGCAGGAAGCUAUUGCUCUCGUAAAUUUGAGCAAGAAAUUUGCCUUCCAUCAAGUGGCACCGGAGCUGCUCGAGGCAGUUGAUAAAAGCACAGCGAUCAACAUAGAAGACGCCGCCAUAACAGACGACGAUGCAUCCGUGGAGCUGCUGGAUGGCAAUAUCUCCAUGAAGUCACUGCUUGAGACGCUUAAAAAGCGCAAGCUGCAGCACCAAGUCAAAGAGGAAGAGACCACUGGAUCUGAUAACGGAUCAAUAGACGAUACACUGGACACUGCCAAGCUUCCGAGUUUCCGGACCGUCUUCCAGCCACAGCAAGAGAAAGAGAUUGCAGGUGACGAGGUCAAUACGGCCCCUGAGCUCAAGUGCAAGUACCGCACGGGCAAAUGCCACAAUGCGCGGGCGCUCAAGUCGUGCGGCGACUAUCACAACUUGUGCAAUUACCAUCGACUUCGAGCCAACGCUAACCAGCGCAAAUUGGACCGCAAGAAGAAGGAGCAGCGUCUGCAGCAGCAGCAACUCACGGCGAAUGCAUUCACCGGCACGUCCUCACCGCGUGCUUUAAAGCAGCUGCCGAUCCCUUCGUCGUCCCACGCUGCCGCAACGGCACUUGCAUCUCUUGUGGCCGCGCAGCCUCAGCAUCACUUUGGCUUGCUGCAGCAGCAGAGACUGUUCCUUGCCUCGAGUGUCACCGUACAGGAGGCGGGGAAGACCAAUAGGAAUAGAAGCAACGGCGCCACAAGCGGUGUCAGCCAUAUGCAGGAAGACGCCUGUAGUUAUUAG